GAGUCCAAGUCACUUUAAGGCGGAGCUAACUGGGAAAAGUGGAGGUCACUGUUGACAUGGCGGCCUCCUGGUUGGUGCUGGGACGUGGUAUCGUAAGGAGUUACCGGAGCUCUUUUUUUGUUCCACGUUCCUUGGCAUGUGUAUUCGUACAUACUGGGAGACAGCUCAGCGCCGCUGUGUCGAGUACUGGGGAGAAGGUCACCCACAGCGGACAGGUUUUUGAUGAAGGUGACUACAGAAAAGUAAGAUUUGCUGGAAAGCAGAAGGAGGUAAACGAGCAGUUUGCUAUUAACUUGAUUGCAGAGCAGCCUGUGAAUGAAGCUGAAAGCAGAAUAGUAUCUUGUGAUGGUGGAGGUGGAGCUCUAGGUCACCCCAAAGUUUAUAUCAACUUGGACAAGGAAACCAAAACAGGAACUUGUGGAUAUUGUGGGCUACAAUUUCUGCAGAAGCAUCAUCAUUAGUCAUCAAUCAUUAAUGAACUGUCUAUUGCAUUUGUAAAAACCUUAGCUAUUAAACAUAUAGGAUUAAUCAGA